GUAAGGAGAGGACAAUAUUUUAAUCUGUCCUGCCUGGGAGAUUAGCCCACCCCAUUGUUUUAAUUGUUUUAACUGAAACCCUUGCUCAUUGGGCGAUCCUUGGCAGAAAACUCUCAAGUUCAAUAGUUUCAAAAAACUUGAGCUCCUUGCGACCCCCCUCCUCCUCCUCUGCCCCUCAUCCCACCUAAUCCCAGCUAAUACCUUUCUUUCUAUUGGCUAAAGGCUGAGGGGAGCCUGGGUAAAUGCUUCUUAAAUAGUGGAGGGUGAGAAUGGUUUCAGAGACUUUUAGAGCCGUCUGUGUGAGGAUUUUAGGCCCAAAACUGGACCGAGGAACACUGGGAUGGACCUGGAUCUCACUCAGAGCCUGGAUCUCAGGUCCAGCUUGAACACAUUGAGUUUCUGCGGGACCCCCUCCCUGGUCCCCCUCCACGCUGUGGAYUCGCUGCUGUUCGACCUGCGCCACCAGAGGGCGCCACAGCACCACCUUUACUCCGCGGCAGCGCGCAGCUUCUCUGUGGCUGAGAGCCUGGCAGAGCUGAUCCUGGAGGCCCGGUACGGCAGCCAGCCGAAGCAGCGGCGCAGUCGCACGGCGUUCACGGUGCCACAGCUGCGAGCUCUGGAAAAAGCCUUCCAGCAGACCAAGUAUCCAGAUGUUAGUAUGAGGGAGAGGCUGGCCGUGUGCAUCAACCUGCCCGAGGCUCGCAUUCAGGUUUGGUUCAAGAACAGAAGAGCAAAGUUCCGUAAAGGUCAGAAGAACUCCGGAGACGUCAGCGUGGAGGAAGCCUCACAGAGCAGCAAAGUGGCACAGGAGGAGGAAGUGAGGACAGAAGACAAGCAGGACAUCACCACAUCGCGCUCUGAAAGCAACAUCCUUCCUCCUCUUUGUCCUCCAGCUCCUUUGGACGACAGAAACAAGGACUCGGACUCGGACUUGUCACCGUGGCCCCUCCAACUUCAGUCCCCUCCGCUUUGUUCCUUCGUGGCAGGGGAGCGUUAUCUACCUCCUCAUCAUGAGCUCUGCCACCCACCACUGUUCUGGCCCAUCAUACAGCAGCACAGCUCCACGUGGGGGGAUCCAAAACACUGUAGUUCAAGUAAAGUGCUGUUUCACCCUCACAUAGGGCUAUAAUCUACCACGAUCAAACACACUCAGCUGGAGAAGUCAGCUUUUUUAUAUACACUCUGAAUCAGCAAUGUGCAGAAACAAAUACUAACAGUCCGUCCACAGAAUAAACACCGUAUUGAGUUUUAGCUGAACAUCUGUUUGUCUGAAGGGAUGGAAAACUGAACCUUGUUUUUUUUUACUGUUUGUAAAUGUGAAAGUUGCUGAAAAUAAGAUUUUUUUAAUUAUUAUUCACAGUCAGCAGAACAUUUAAAUAUUUUUUGUUCCUGUUGGUUAUUUCCAUACGUAAGAAAUAGUUUUAGACCAUAAAGGACAAAAGCAUUUGGGAAAAUGUCCUUAUUGUGCCUCAGAACUGCAGCUUAGAUGCAUGAAAUAAAAUUAUUUGCACCUCU